UUCGCAACAUUGCUGCUGAGCGGAUCGCCGUUUUCGCGUGUGCGCGCCAACAUCGCAAAAGGUUUGAGGAAGAGAGACCCAGAAAACAUUAGGAGUGGAGUUUUAGUGUGGAUCUCUUCCUGGACAAAGCGAACAACAGCUCUGAAGUCAUCAAGGCUAUAUUUGGAGUCGAUUUGCCCUAUUUUCGAGCAAGUCCAUUGGCUCUCAAAGUCAAUGGAGUGUGCGCACUUGUGACUACACUUGUGUGAAUUUGAGCAUUUUCCUAGCCGGGAAGGUGGAAGGAGUGGAGUUUUUCCGAGCAGAGACACAAAUCUCGCCAUCACAUCAAGUGUGAUGGUAACCAUUCGCCGUCGAUCGUAUUCUCUGGAUACGAUUCACGUCAAGUCUAUCACGGAACCAUCGUAACAGGGCAAUAAAAAGGGGAGCACUUGUGUGUGGAAAUUGGAGCAGAAGAAGCCGAGCAAUUAAAGAUUGUGUGCAUUCGACGGAGUUGCUGGUAGAAAAAUUCCUCUUUGGAGUCAACACAGCCAUUUUUCUCCUCUCUCGGCUGCUUUAUAAAAUGUAAAUAUCAACGCGCGUUUAUUUUCGUCGUCCUACAAUUUUAUAUACGUGCUGUUUUCUCCUUCGAUCAACCGCCGAGGAGUUGUGAAGCGAUUGUGUGAGUGUGCCUUCAAUAGCGAGGAAAGAAAAAAAGUGAUACAACACGCGGAUGAUGCUAAAUUGCCACUAUAUACUUAAUCCCUCUCAUUAAAUAUAAUACUUAUACUCUAAAAACAUCUAAAACUAUGUGAUAAAUGCCAGUGCGCGGCAAACAUAUCAGCGAGUAACCCACAUUUGAAAGUAAUAAUAAUAAAAUUGUAAUACAGAUAUUCGCUAAACGCGGUGCAGUUGAGAUAAAUUGAAAGAUGAGUGGAAACAAUAUUCAAUCCAUGCUGCAAGAAACGAUGGCAACAGAUCAAAGAGGACAUUCAACUCAGCGAAGAAAUAGCAUCGAAUCAAACUUGAGCAAAAUCACACCACAGAAGCCCGUCGUGGACUUGGUGGUGGGAAUGAUUGCUCUGCCCACCCUCAUCAUCUUUGCCCUCAUGCUGGAGACCAACAUGCAGGGCGACUGGACGGACGCGCCGGAGAGCCGAUGGACAGUCCUGGGCAUCGGAGUGGGGCUCAUCCUCAUCAGUCUCCUCGUCUGCGGCUACGUGACGCACAGAAUGGGCGUGUGCCUGUGGGCUGGGCCGCAGGACGACUCAGACACGCAGUCCAACAUCAACAGAGAAGCGUCCUCAGCCGAUGUCUUCCACAUUGGCGAUCAUCUUCCGCCAAGCUACGACACUGUCAUGCAGAUGGACUUCAAUGCACCACCGCCCGCCUAUCACUGCGUCGUCCUCAACGACAGCAAGACCUCAUUCCGGAUUGAAGAUGAGACCACGCAUCACAUCUAG